GGAAAAGAGUCGAGGACCGUACUGUCCACCGUGGCAGACUAGCUUAAUCGAUUUCACUCUGGACGUGCUUGACUUUAUCAAAUCAUUACAACACGAGAUUUUAAUGUAGACAGAAGUAACGGUCUUAACGCAAAAGAUUCAGUCGACUGCGGAUUUAAAAAAGUGCCACAGGGCUUAUGAAGAUGGUAACCCACAUUUGUAAUUUUGUGACAACACGAGGUAUAAAAUGGGAACCAUUUCUACGGUGUACACUUUUCUCUCGUUCCAUCACUUCCCAUCUAUCAAGUCGUGACGUGGGAAGCCACAAUCCCCAGAAGGCUGGUUUCCAGCAAACAUCAGAGGAAACAGAGGUUGAUUUUGAUCAAGAAUACUUUGAAAAAAAUGUGGAGACCUUAAUAAGAGAGAAGAAAAAACAACAAAAGGCAAUCAAAGAGAAAAGAAUGAGAAAUUGGAUUGAUGGUCCUGGCCCACCAGAAAGGAAACUGACUUGGGAAGCAAUGGAACAAAUUAGGUACAUGAACCAGGAGUAUCCAGAUGAGUGGACAUUGCCUCACCUGGCUGAAGGAUUUGGUGUGACAGUUGAUACUGUCAAACGAGUGCUAAGGAGUAAAUUUAGUGCUCCUUUACAGAGGCGUGUUAAGCAGGAUAGCAGAGUUCUAGUCAGAAAUGAACUGAAAACAAAAGCACUAGGAGACUUUGAAAAGAUGAAGGAGCUAAAGAUACCCGACCCACCAGUACCCUUGCUGGUAACUCCAGGGAACUCCAUAGCUGUACAAGUCCAACCAUCUUUAAAAACAAGACCUCCACAGCCAUUUAAUAAGGUAUAUGUUAAAAAGUUUCACAAAAAAAACUUUCAGACCUUCAGCGAUGGUGACACGAAUAAUGUCAAUCUACAAUCCACAGAAGAGAUGAAGCUUUCAAAGAUGCAGAAUACGGAGAGCCACUUGAAUGGAUACAACAAGCAGGGCAAGGCUGUCUCCAAAGAAACAACAGCAGAGCAUAGAGUGCUGGGUCAUGAAGAAAAAGUGGACACUAUUCAGAAAGGAAGAGAGUUUUAUGACAGCAAAGGAAAUUUCCUCUAUUCCAUUUAACCAUUAAAGAGAUCAGACUUCUUGGAACUGGUUUUGUCCAAAUUCAGUACACAGUACUGCCUUUGACUGCAAAGACAGUCUUCCUGUAUUUGUUGUCUUAUUUAUUUCCAAAUUAGUUAUGAAUAAAAGGUACAUUUAAAA